GCGAGGUAGCUCGUGGGCUCAACGUCACAUCGUUUCGACUCAGUUCUACAUAAAGAUCAUUGAAGCUGGGAUUAGUUUCACCAUCCAGCUGCUGUGUGAGAACAUGAGUGUCGCAGAGGAGUCGUGGUGCUCCUCCUGCCUGCAGUCAGUGUUGUUGACAUAGCUCUGCUCUGCACUCGUUAGCAUCCUCCGCCUCUCCCCUGCCGACCAGCAGCGAUGUACGAAGAGGGGGAAGAGGUGCAGGACGACUGCGGCUCCCGGGAGGAGUGGACGCUGCUGUUCUGGACCUCUCUGGCCGUGAUCGUCCCGGUCAUCAUCACGCUAUGGUGCAGCGCGCAGCGAUCUAAGCGGAAAACCCACAUGAAGGACUUCUUUCGCAAGAGCAAGCACGGCUGGCACUACACAGACCUGUUCAACAAGCCCACCUACUGCUGCGUGUGUUCCCAGCACAUCCUGCAAGGGGCUUUCUGCGACUGCUGCGGCGUGUGUGCCGACGACCAGUGCCUGCGCCGGGCCGACCGGAGUUUGCAGUGCAAGGAGAUCAUGGCCCCCUCCCGGCCUGAUGGGGCCAUGGAGCACCGCUGGGUGCGGGGAAAUGUCCCCCUCGCCAGCUACUGUGUAGUAUGUAAACAGCAGUGUGGGACGCAGCCGAAGCUCUGCGACUUAAGGUGUGUGUGGUGUCAGACCACGGUCCAUGAUGACUGCAUGGACAGCCUGGCGGAUGAAGACCACUGUGACUUGGGCGAGUUUCACAGCCUCAUCAUCCCUCCUCACUACCUCUACUGUGUCAACAAGCUCCGCAAGAGACACCCUGACGAGUACAGCAAGCUGGCGUCUUGCUGCGGCAGUGGCUGGACUCCAGUGUUGGUCCUGGCUAACACACGUAGUGGUAACAACAUGGGGGAGGCUCUGCUGGGAGAGUUUCGUACCGUCCUCAACCCUGUGCAGGUGUUUGACUUGUCAGAGCUGUCUCCCUCAAAGGCCCUCCAGCUGUGCACCCUCCUUCCCCCUGGUAGUGUCCAGGUGCUGGUGUGUGGGGGUGACGGCACAGUGGGCUGGGUGCUGGAUGCCAUCGACACUAUGAAGCUGAAGGGCCAGGACCAGUUUAUCCCAAGAGUGACCAUCCUGCCCCUGGGCACAGGAAAUGACCUUUCCAACACUUUGGGUUGGGGUGCCGGGUAUGCUGGAGAGAUCCCUGUGGAACAGGUUCUCCGCAACAUCCUCGAUGCCGAGGUGGUCAAAAUGGACAGAUGGAAAGUGCAGGUAGCUUCAAAAGGCCUCUACUUUCGGAAACCAAAGGUCCUGUCCAUGAAUAACUACUUCUCUGUGGGGCCUGACGCUCUGAUGGCGCUCAACUUCCACACACAUCGUGAGAAAACACCCUCCUUCUUCUCCAGCCGCAUCAUCAACAAGGCUGUAUAUUUCCUGUACGGCACCAAAGAUUGUUUAGUGCAAGAAUGUAAGGAUCUGGAUAAGAGGAUUGAGCUGGAGCUCGAUGGGGAAAGAGUGGCGCUGCCCAGUCUGGAGGGCAUCAUAGUUUGCAACAUUGGUUACUGGGGCGGAGGCUGCAGACUCUGGGAGGGUAUGGGAGAUGAACCCUGCCCCCCAACACGGUUGGAUGAUGGUCUGCUGGAGGUUGUGGGUGUCUUUGGCUCCUUCCACUGUGCUCAGAUCCAGGUCAAGCUGGCCAAUCCUGUGCGGCUGGGACAGGCCCACACUGUCAGGUUGGUUCUCAAGAGCUCCAAGAUGCCCAUGCAGGUGGACGGGGAGCCGUGGGCUCAGGGUCCCUGCACCAUCACCAUCACCCAUAAGACCCAGGCCUUCAUGAUGUACCACAGCGCCGAGCAGACAGAUGAUGACGACGACGAAGACGAAUCUAGCGCCUCUGAGACAGAGAGCCCUACCCCUCACGACUCACCCAGGCCCCCUGGGCCAGCCUCUGCUCGUGCAUGACCCACCCCAAACAUCAUGUGAUGUGAAGCUCUUCUCACCUUAGUUUCUGCCCUUUAUUUGACCCAGCUUCUAUUAAUCGAUUGUCAUAACGGCUCAUGUUAUUGGGCGGUUAGUCAUCAUCCUCUAAGAUCUUUGAACACACUUUAUUCUCAGAUCAUGGUGAUGAGAAGAGAUGUUAUUUUUUUCUUGUGUAAUGGCUUCAUAUCUUUUUCAGAGAGCUUGCAGGGGUUGGAAAGGUUAGUCUGAUCCUUUAUCUUCACACUCCCAAAUAUAUAUAUAUAUAUAUAUUAUAAGCCAGAGCUCAGGCAACUCAGUUAGAAGGAGACGAAUGUUUUUGGAAAAAGAUUGCUGUUUAUUUGCACUGAUCCCUUGUGCCAUAGAUAUAUACUGUAUUUUACAAAUGCUCAGUGCAAGCCUGCAGGUAUCAGUGAGCCAUUUUAACAGGUUGACCAAGUUUCAUUGCUCAAACCCCGUCAAAGCCAUGUCUAAAUCAACAGCAGGCCAUGAAGUUGUAACAAAGGAGAGAACAGUACUUUAACGCAUGUGGAGGUUUGCCUGAAGGUACAUGUAAGUGGUUGUUUUUAUUCCACAAAGAGCACAAUCAGAUUAGUAAAUCAAACAGCAAACUCAUUUUCUGCAUAAAUCACAGUGCGAUUGGACUACAGAGGAUGGUGGGUGAAACAGGAUAGUUUUCAGUUCCUCUUUCAGGUCCAUCAUCACAGCGGUGAUAGUUUUUUAGUGUCUCUUGCAUUUGUUACCUAAGAUAAGGCUUUGAAAUGUGAGUGUGUGUGGGGCAAAAGGUCUCUGAACCUCUGUUCUGUUACAACUGCAAUGGGUUCCUCACCACUGGAUGUUGAUGUCUGUUUACGUCAUGAUGCACUGUCUCAAGUAGCUCGCCAAACUGCUGGUUUGUACAACAAUAUAUGAAACUAUAUUUAACUUUCCUGUUAGAGCUACAGGAAACAGCCUGACUUACUGAGGUUUUGAAAGUACUGCCAAGUAACUGAUCCAUUUUGCCUCCAUGUGAACCCUUUUUCUUUUCGUUUUGUUUAUAUACCUCCUCCUCUUUACAUUUUCUGUGAUGCACUGUUUUGGCACUUAAACUAAUAAAUACCUUACACUGCAUAGGAAGUAGAUAAUAUUGAUAGUGAUGACUGCUGAUGAUAUUAUACUGUCCCAUGUACUGUUGUUAUUUUGUGUUAUUCAAGCAGUCCUCUUGCAUUUUGUGUUCUACUAAACUAUCCUUGUUUAUGCUCUCAUCAGUACUCACCACUAGGUGGCAGACUCAAGACAGUAUUUUUUUUAAAGUAGAGUUGGUCUUGUACUUUAACCUCUACAGUUUAAUAUUAAUACCAUCAGAGUAACUUGCAUGUAUUUUAUGUGUAGUGAUCAGGUGACAUUGAUGUAGCUGUUGAGUUUUAUAAGUCUUUCCUGUGCUCUACAUAAUGUGUGCAAGAGGUCAUUUGUGUUUAUUUCUGUCUACCUGUAGGGAGAAUUGAUUUUUGCCAUUUGAGGUCAUCCUGUUUAUUGCAGAAUGGUUGCCUGUCGCUCACGGCCAUAACAGAAAAGUCUGUAGAAUAGAGAAGCUCAACAGGGAUCAGUUUAUAGCCGCGUGAUGCCUAUGCUUUUGCAAUAUUCACCACCUUGGCAGGUAACCAAGGCUAAUGGUUUCAUUACCCUACCUAUUUGUUUGGUGAAUGUCUUCAUGCUCAAGGGCACUUAUUUGAUUUAUCUUAUCAUCCAUGUUUACCAGAGCUGUGGGUGUUGUGUUACACUGAAUUUACUUGUGAGUGGGGUUUAUUGGCAGGUUUUUAGCCAUGUUAGCAGCAUGGCUCUAGUUCAACACACUGUUUUAGAGCUCAGUAUCUUGACAAAUGGAUUCAUGCUCCCCAGAAUCUUAAUGUUUCUGUUGAUCUUCUGAGUAUUUAUAUAGCGCCACCAAUAGGUCACAGUUGUGCUUAUAAAACGCUUCAGUUCAUGGUGUGAUAGCAUCAAGCCAACAUGCUAGCUUUUAGCACAAAAUAGAGUAGGUCCAAAACUCAGCUGUGGUGUACAAAAUACACUUUAAUUUUUUUAUUUAAAGUGCCAAACCUCGAGAGGAAGAUUUAUUCAUAAAUGUAGAGUUACGUUUAGCGUCUUUCAUUGUACGGCCUGCAACUUUACUAUUUCGGUUUAAUCCCCACGCUCUCAUCAGCCUCAUAUCCAGCAGUAACAAGAUUCAAGAUGUAAGAGAAGAAACAGGCAGUUACCAGCCAAAAAAGCUCAGAUAAACACUGUUGCCAUGUGCCCUGCAAAAAGUGGCACGCAGACAAAGUCAGCAACUAGCUUACAGUUAACUAUAUCAGACUAAGAUAAGUCACUACAACACAACUCCAA